AUGAACCCACCAAAUGUGGUUGGUGCAAAUGUUGGUCCAAGUGGCAGGUACAUGAGUGACCAGAGACAUUUAAUAUGCCCUUCAAAGCAAGGAAUAUCUUGGCCAACUGCUGUGAGCAAAACACAUGCUGAUAAAAUAAGAAGUGCUCAUAUAAAUCAACCAAGCAGACAAUCCCAUUCUGCAGAUAUUCUUCCUGUUCAGCAGAAAAGAUCAGCUUCUUUGCCUCAAACACAGUCUCCUUCCAAACUACAAUCACAGCAGAAUCAAAUCCAGGAAGAGCCAAUGUCACGUGGAAGUGUUAAAAAUAAAUCCCAUGAAAUUACUUCUGAAUAUCACAAUCAGCAAUCUCCUAAAAUGAUACAUCGGGAAAGCAGGGAUAAUAGAGAUUCAGGAAGCAAAACACAAGUGGAAGAAGCAACAGAUGUAUACACUUCCCAAUACUGCAAUCCUCGAUUAAAACAAAGUGAGCAGCCAACACAAGAAACAGAGAUGAAGCCAUUGGGACAGACUGUCAACUACCCAAGUGAUACAACAAUAGUAGCUAGGGGUUUCUAUACACCAAGCCUUACACAAAAUACUGAUAACAAAGACUCUGUGACAGAGGAUAGUAAUUCUUCUGAUAUAAAAUAUCCAAAGAAAAUGACCAAUAUGAACAUCGAAGGAAGAUGA